AUGGAUCUACAGCAGUCCCCCUUCAUAAGGGAGCUGGCUUCGAGUGAAAAGAAGACUCGCGAUAAAGCAGUGGAGUCUCUAACUGCCUUUCUACGGAGCAAACGAGACCUAAAACUGUUUGACCUCUUGAAGAUAUGGAAAGGACUGUUCUUCUGCUUUUACCACUCCGAUAAACCCCUUGUUCAGCAAGCCCUCGCUCGCUCCCUCUCAUAUACCCUCGUCCCCUCCCUACCAGAGCAGAUGGUCUUACCUUUCCUACGCGCAUUCUGGAUAACAAUGUCACGCGACUUCCACUCCCUUGACAGACUACGGCUGGACAAAUACCUAUUUUUAAUAAGAUGCUAUGUUGGUGUCUCGUUUGAAUAUUUCUUGAAGCGGGGAGGGAAAAACAAACGCCAGUCCGGAAACAAUAAUACCGACAGCCAAAAAGUCAAGAGCAAGAGAAAGAGGGCAGCCGAGGCAGAUAGUGAAGUGAAUGGCGGUUCGAGCUCUAGGCGCAAAACAUCAAGCACGACAGCGGUACAAGUACCGGAAGAAACCGAUUGGGCGGAACUAGAAGCGUAUCUGGACAUGCUUGAAGACGGCCCGCUAAGUCCGUUGAUCUUCGACACAGAGCCCUCUAAGCAGAUACCAAACCAAGAAGACGAGAACGGGGCUUUGAUUAAAGUACCCAAGGGCCCGGAUGGAAUACGUUAUCAUCUUAUGGAUAUCUGGCUGGAUGAGCUGGAGAAAUGCGCUACUGAGCCGGACGAAUCCGGUGCCGGAGAUGAUGAGGAGUCCCCAGCUACAAAGCUAAAGGAGGGUGUUCCGAUGGAGUUACUACUACGGCCAAUUGAGAGACUGCAGGCCGAGAGUCCGAAUAAGACGGUAAGAACCCGGGCUAAGGAGACGCUGGCUGAUGAAAGGCUGGUCUCUUGGGGCGUGAGGGAGCCGGAGAAGGCCGAAGACGGUUCAGACGAGGAGGAAGAAUGGGGCGGCAUAGAGGAUUAA